AGUAACACCAUUGAGAUACCCUGAAAGUCCGGAGAGUAGGAUGAUUCAACGAGAUUGAAGUCGGAAGAGAUAGGAAAGCAAUUCAUAGUGGAAUCAUUGACUGCGAGCUCGAACGAACGAUCAGGUCAGCCGUUGAAAAGAAAGUUUAAUUACGCGAACAGAAGCGUCGAUUCUACAAUUGGCAAUUGGCCCCGUUAGAAUUAUCCGAAACUCACACCGUUUUACCGGCACCGCUUUAAGAGGAGUUAAUGCAUCGAAUCGUCCCGUACUCUCUGGCUUCAAGUCUCGCUUUCCAAACGACCUAGUCGUCUCCACCUAUUAAACGCUUUCAAAAACACUCGCCGCCGUUGGAUUGCUUUAAUUAUCGUUCAUUACAUCGGUUUAAUCCGUGCUCUCCGUAGCUAGGCUCGUUAACUUUUACGCUUUAACCCGUGAAUGUACAUACAUACUCGUGUUUAGAGAUUCACGUGUUUCUUUUUUUCUUUUUUUAUUAACAUACAUUGGUUGGUACAAGCAAUUGAUAUUGUUUCCAGUGUCCCACCAUAUAUACCACGAAUUGACCUAUUGACACGGGUAAGCCUGGUUAAUGUAAAUCGAACCAUUACGGUAUUCGGAUGCAGGCGAAUCGUUGCAGCUGCUGUAUCAUGCAGCCAGUGCAUUUAUUGUUCGAAAUCCAUUGUAGUCCUUUAAGCCAACCCUUUGCAUUUCGAUUUUGCUUUCAUCUAGUGCAUCAGAAUGAUUAUUUUUUUCUUCACGGACCAUAAGAAAAUUAGUAAUUAGAACAAGUACAAAGUUCCCAGUGACUACGGAGCGUGUUUGAAUCGGGGUACUAUAGGUUGUUUGUGCACGGAGUGCAAAGGGUUGGAAUCUACAAGCUGCUCAUUAUAACAAGAUGUUCCCGACAGAUCAAAGGAUGCGCACCGAGUGCUCUCCAUUUACGAAGCAGAAGAAAAAGAAAAAAAAAAGCAUUUGACCGUCAAACGAGCAACGCUUUGCGGUCGAGCCAUUGCAAUUGAUUAAUAAACGCCUCGGUUAAACAAAAGUACCCCGCUGAGUGGUACACUGCGGGUUGUUAAGCUAGCUCGAUGGGUCGCGUGCGACUAACUACAGCCUCGACGCCAUUGUUGUGGGGGUAGAAUUCACGGUUCGAUAAUUCUACGAAGAUAAAAUUGGGACGACAGUUACAUCAGGGUUGUCCUUUCGGUUUCGGAUAGGCAGAUAGUUGGGGUACCGUAUAAAAGGGAGGGUUGAAAGCAGUCGAAUCUUCCGUUCCACGUGGAACAACCUGCUGGAUCUUCGGUCGGAUCCUUAUCCGACCCAUAGAUCUCUUUCUUAAGUCCGGAAGGCGUCGAAGCUGUUCUCGAGAUGAAAUCUUCGUGCAGUAGACGGGAAGCUAUCGGGUAUCGAUCGUCGUAUAAAACUGCCGCCGGAGACGUUUACAGCUGUCCCGGAGAUUCUCGAGCAUUCUGUGGCGGAAACGAGCGUGAUCUCGCAAACCCAAGUCGCGAUUGUUCCGAGGGAACGACGUGCGGAGACAGUGAAAGACUUUCAAAGCGAGGAGACUUUACUUUGAUUCUUUGCAUUCUUAUUAGAUCAAGAACGAAGAGUAUCCGAAGAAGUAUCGCGGUAUCGCGCGACAUCGUUACGUCAGCAAACCUUCUCUUCGACGAAUGAUAAUGCGUUAUCAGGGGAUCUUAUGUGUGCCUUUAGUUUAUACCGAUUACGCGAAUGCAGUUAUCGAAUUAAAGUAGAAGAAUGAUUGGGCGAGAUUGCGAAUCGGAGCAAACAUUCGUGGCGCCUGACGAAUCGGUCAUUCAACGGAAAGAAAACGUCAGACGCUGUAUCGACGAUACGUCGUCUUGUUAGCUUAUCGACAAGCUUGGCUGAAGAAGAUAGAAAAAAGGGAGACAUAGGGCAAGGAUGAGUAGAGAGCAAAAGCAGAGUCGGCUCGUUUGUUUACCGGUGGAGGAACGUUGCUCAAGGAAUACGACAGGUCGAGACCUCGAGAGGCAAGAAGGGUGAAGCAAGAAAAAAGAAAAGAAGAAGAAGGAGGUCCAAGGCCCGUCGAAUGGUUGAAUUGGCAGGGAGCGUAGUUACGAACGACGGAACGGAGCAGAGCGGAUUGGAGCGGAGCGGAUCGGAUCGGAUCGGAUCCGAUCCGUAAGCGUACUCGUACGAGUGUCGUUGUGCGCGCGCACUGAACCAGUGGGGAUCAGCCGUGCGGUAGUCGUCAGCGAGCAGGCGCCCCCUCCGCAUCUCUCUCCUCGUCUGUUUCGGAGCCGCAGAACGGCGCACCGUGUGUCGAGCCAAGCCGAGCUGAGCCGAGUCGGUCAAUACUCCGGGCAACGCGGUGGUGAGAGCACACGACGGUCGCCCGUACUCGUGCACGCUGUCGCUCGUCGUAAGCGGCGAGUAUCGCUACGGAUUCUUCUUUCGCGUAUUUGCCAGUCAAUAUAGAACGAGUCGAAUCUUCGUUUCGAAAUAGGCGCCAGCCGGAUCGAAUAGACACCGGUCUAUUCUCGCCGGUAUCUCGCGGAUGAUACGUUUACACACGCACAGAGAGACGCGUGCGAGCCAACGACGCAUCGUUUUCUUCGGCCGUGUGACCGCUAGUUCUCUCGGCUGUUCCACUGGCUCGACUUGAUAAAGCGUUCCCGAUUCGAAGCAGCCGCCGCGCCGCGCCGUUUAAUAGAUUCGCGAGAAACGAUGCGAGCCUGUCCCGUGUACGACGAGUGGUAGAAAAGAUUAAGGACAAGUGUCAGGACACGUUUCGCGGUGGUGAGACACGACUGUGACACGAGACCGCCGCGCCGGGGGUCCGGUGCACCACGUACUUUGGCGGUAGUGCGCGUCUCGGACAGUGGGUGCAUCCUCGUGCAACGAUCCAACGGUGCAUCCAGCAGCCUUCUAGAAGUUCAGCCUACCGAAACAAAAGGACGUGCAACGAUGCAUCCUGGAGCGUGAUGGACAAGGUCGCAGCCAGCAGCUUCCAGCAGCUACGCCUCGCCGGCAUACUCAUGGAUACGUGGAUAUUCUUCCUGUUCGUCGCCAUUGCCGACGUGGCAGCCUCGGUGGAGGUUCAUUUCGAGAACAAAGACGGCGGAUUCUUCCUGAAACACACACCGAGGCAAUACUAUCCUGUUAGAGGAGAUUCGGUUCCAGCGAUAUCUCCUGCGACGGGAACGACGUCGAGCGGGAACGGUGGAGUUCCAUCGGCACCGCCUGGUUCCGUCCUCUCGAUAGACAAGUUCACGGUCUUUCAAACGAGCGAGCCGGUCUCGGUGAGAGCUACUUAUGGCCCGUUUAGCACCAAGCAGACCGUACCGGCUCGCUACAUAGUUCCGGACCCGUUGGACGCGCUUCCGGGUCCGGAAACCAGGCGAAACCUGACGGCUGCGACGAUUCUGGACGCGCAAGAGUUAGGCGCACGCCACCUGGACAUGUCCGCUCAUCUGGUAGGAAACAGCGUGCCGCGUGAUUCACCGGUGCUAAGAGUACUCUUUCAUGCCGGAAGCGAAGCAGGCGGAAGGCGCCAGUUGCUACUGGCCCGACAUCAGAGGGUCUGCGUGGUUCUGCACGCGAGUCUCGCAUCUCCGUCCAGGAGCACAGCGAACAGAAGCAACGGUAGAAGUUACUCUUCUUCUUCGUCUCCUUAUUCGUCCUCGUCAUCCGCGCUUACCGCAGCCUGCAGCCCCGAUGGAGAGAACGGUGUUUGUCUGGCACAGAUCACCAUACCCGCCGAUUGGUGGGCACCGUUACCGCCUCCCGACGCUUCCGGUCGGGUCAAGGUCGCCAAGAGCCUGCCAAGGCUCGUGCAGGUCGCUUACUCGGUGCUCGAGCCGCGAACAGAGGAGGCAGGCUCCGUCGACAGCGGGGCUGGUUUCUGCAGACCCAGAGUGCAAAUUCAGCCCGUCACGCCGCUAGGGCAAGUGCCUUUGGCCCCGAAUCGGGCUGAUUACAAGGAACUCAAGGAGGGUGAUUCGCUGACUUUGCUAGUGCCCCAUGGACCCCUCUAUCCGCGCUCCAGGUUGCAUGUUCCCGCCUUCCUGCAUCCCACCAAGGCUACCGAUCCGAGACAGGACAGGCCACCACUGAUCAUUGGUGUCUACCUGAGAGCCAAGGUGAAAUCCGGGAUAAAGAUCCUAGACGCAUCAUCCAGCAAUCCAGACUGGGUCGUCGAUAGCGAAAUAAAUGCGAAGAACACGGUUGCAACGUUCACUGCAAGACGAAAGGAGAACGCUUCGCGAGUACCAAACGCGUCGGCAGAGGAGAUUCUGACGAUGCUUUUAGAAGCGAGCGAAGAAGGAGUGGAAGGAAACUGGGACGGUGGUCGUAUCGUGUGGAGCGUGCGAUAUGCUUACGAGGGUGAAGAGGACAACGACUCUCAAGUGAAUGGAAUGGAUCAGCAGCAGCAGAGGUCGCAGCAGAGGCAGAUGCAGCAUCAUCAUCACCAUCACGCGGAAAGGCGGAAGUUGCAAGCACGUCUUGAGAUACAGAAGGACGACAUCCAAGCGGUGCUGCCUAUAUCCAAAAACUGGGAGGUGAUGAACACCGCGGUGUUGACGGGACGCCAAGUGUCCCAAGGGAUGAAGGUCUUUAUCGUGAGCCAGGCUGGAACCGUGGCUGACGUUACUUUACAAUCCUCUUGUCACUCCGAGGACGAGAGUGUGCUUAAGGUGUCAUCCUCUUGCAGCAGCGUGUACGUUGACGGCACAGAAAUUCGAGGUUCCAGCAACGCGUCGGUUCUCGUCAAGUACGGAACGUACACGGGUUUGGCGAAAUUCACCGUCUGGAUGCCUGAGUUUCCUCUAGAAGUGACCGUCGGUGACACCAGACUGAGCCAGAUCAAAGGCUGGAAGGUCCCUGAAGAGCACGCGGUCGGCGCGAAGAGCAAGCGUAGCUUGAACGCGACCAACUCUCGGGUCGAUCAGUCUCUGGCGAAAACGAAGAAGAGGAGCGCGACUGAAUUGGAGGAUUCACUGGAGGAUACCUCGAUCGACGUCGAGGACGCGGACGUGAUCCUCGAAGAGGACGAACAGGAGGAAAGAUUUCGGGGGAGCGAUCACAGUUGGGACACGAUCAAUUCGAUUGACAGAGGAUCGUCGACCAAUUGUAGACUGCGAUUUCAACAGAGUCCGGUCGAGGUGCACGCAAGAUUCCUCGCUACCGAUCACGAUUCCGGAAGAGUAUCCUAUUUCGUAAAUCGUCGCACUUGGUUACGCGUGACAGACUUGGUAAUGGGCAUGCUUCGAGUCUCAGACCCGAGAAUUGCGAUUCUGUUACAAGGAAGAAUCGUGCAAGGCCGAGGAGUGGGCAGGACGGAAGUGCAGGUACUUUCGCCGAUUACCGGUCGAGUAAUCGGCGCGAAAGAAGUGCGAGUGGGUAACGACCGAGUGGCGGUCACCAGAUUGUCCGUCAAAGUCGUUUCCGGUCUGCAGCUCACCAUCAGUCCGGACACCGCUAUCGAGAACGGAUACGUUGCGGAAACCUCGGUUACGAGAAGGUUGACUGCACAAUAUCAGGAGGGUCUGCUGGAUAUAGACGUGGAAUUUUCGGAUGGCACCAGGACGCCGUUGAGGGAGAUCGCUGUGAGCGAUUAUCAUUUGUUGGUGGAGAGUCUCGAUCCAGAAGUGGUGGCGUUCGCUCCGAUGGUUGCCUCUCAUCAUCCCCGGGUGAUCGCAGUCGGCGAAGGACGGGGUGAUUUGUUACGAGUCAGUCUCCAGUUGGCCGAUACCUGUCGUUUAACCGGCAGGAGGUCUGGAAAAGCUUCUCAAAGGGCCACCGCGUCCGCCCUUGCAACAGCUUCGGCCAACGUCGAAGUGGAUUUCGCCUCGAGCGAUCUUCCGAAUCGACCGGAAUUCGUCCAGAACGACGGAGGAGGCACCGUCGGUUCUCAUCAUCACAGAGAGAGGAAAACCAGCAGGGGAGAAAUGGCGCCUGAUUUGCACGACAUUCUGAUCGGACUAUCGCUGAAAGAGGAGAACGGGCACGAGCACGAGCACGAGCACGAGCACGAGCACGAGCACAAACCUUUGGUGCAGGCACGCCAGCACCACACGGCUAUAGCUAAUGGCAUGUCUUCAGGAGGAAUGGGCGGUGUCGGGAUACGGCAUCACGGAGGGGCGCGGAUGAGUCCACUCGAGAUCGGGAUGUACGUCCUCUUGGCGGCCUUCUGUUUCGCCAUCGUCGUAUUCGUCGUCUCCUGCGUGGUCUACGCGAGCAAAUUCAAGCCUCAGCCGCCGGAUUCACCGUUAGGCGGAUCCGCCCUUCCGGUUCUCUCGGGAGCAGCGAGGGCCAGAGCAGCGGCCAACCAGCUGGCAUCGGGAAGAAGACCUCCGAGAGAAUCUACUACCAACGCUCACGAUUGGGUCUGGCUAGGACGAGCCACCCUCGAGAGGGCCGCUUGUGGACCUCAACAGGUUCGAGUAACCAACAAUCCUCUUGCCGCUGAAAACGAAGGGGACACGAGCGAACUAGCCACUUCCUUUGACAAUCCAAAUCACAUCGAGCUACCAUCCGCGGGCCAACGAAACAACGGGUCCGGAAGCAACGGACCGAUAGACACGACAACGUACAGCAAGAGGGACAAGUUUCCUCGGAACAGUUUCGCUUCUAAGGCCGCGACGAAGCAAUCGACUGUGGUAACCGCGACCACAGUGACCACACCCGCGUCCAUGGCAACGUCCACUGUAACAACUACGCGAAACGACAACGACGACAUCCCACCGCCUCUACCGCCGCACGGAGUGGCCUCCACCGCGAUUCCGGUCGUUCCCCUCGUCGCCACGACCGCCAAUAACAACAACAACAACAGCAACGAAGAUUACAAACCACCCGUGCCACCGCACAGAAAUACAGGGGUUAUAGUACGGGUACCGGAAACCCCGAGGAAACAUCGGCACAGGGCGUCGAGCGGUAGCGCGGGUAGUGGCCAUCACGGGAACAAUCGGCACAGCAAACAACAGAUCCAGCAUAUCAAACCACACGGUAAAGCUAGAGUAGGUAGUCCAAAAGAAAACGGCGCGGAGGAGGAGGAAGAGUUCGAGCUAGUGACUCAGGAUGACAACAGGCAUUCGAAAGACGCUAGGGCCAGAGAGGUGAAGAGGGCGACGAUCGUUGGUAAUCCAAUGUUCUCGUCCUUCUCAACGUCCGCAGUCGCUUCUUCGAUGAACGUGUCUACCCCGACCGUGGCUUCGUCCUCCUCGCCACCAAAUUCGUCGCCGUCCUCCUCCUCUUCCUCCUCGUCCUCCUCAUCCUCCUCCUCCUCCUCGUCCGCCUCCUCCUCUCAAGAACAAGAGGAAUCGGUGGCGUUGGAUGACCUGAAUCUGGGCAUGGACUACAACCAGAUCAUGCAAUACUUCGACAACCUAAAGGAAUCGAACGCCUAGGUAAAGGCGUUCGGCCUUCGAGAAGGCCGAGUAGUCAACGUCGAUACGAAAGCCUGGGAUCCUCGUUGAGAAUUCGGAGAGGACGCGGCCCUCGUUCUCCGCUUCCUCUCUCGCUCGUAGCACACGUUCGCAAUGGAGAACAAUCGAAGGCCGGCCGCUUUCCAGGCGUUUCGUAUUCUAGGCUAUAAUCUAGUCAGCUUCCUAGCAGCACAUCAACAGUAUCGCGCAAAUGCAUCAAUACAUAAAUACACGCUGAGAGAGAGAGAUGCGCGCGUACAAGGUACGUAAAUAAAUUCAUGGUACACACGUGUACAACGACGAGUGCAUACACACUACACGCUACACUACACCACGUAUACACAUACACAAACGCAGAGGCUUUAAAAGGUGCGAUCGUCGGUUGCCGGUGGGGUAGGUAGAUCGCGCCAUUCCGAUUCGACCAGCUUUCUUCUCUUUUCCCGGCGAUCGAUCGACCGCCGAUCCUCGCUUCCGCCUCCGUGCACUAUCGAUCUCUCGCUCACAAUCCCUUUCCCCGCGGCGAUCGAACCUCUCUACCUCUCGUUCCCGCCGCGGCGACAGGGCCAUUCACUAAAAAAGAAGAAACAGUGGCCGAACAAAACCGACCCUUUUGUUUCGAAAUCGAUCUCGGCUUCGAUAAAGCCACGGCUCUUACCUUUAUUCGUCUUUCAAUGCUUUCAGCCGUUCAUCCACCAUCUAUCUAUCUAUCUUGUAAAACAAGAACCUUCUCCAUUUUGUUUUCAUAGCUUUUAUAUAAUCUUUCUUUCUACUUUUAUCGAACGAUUAGUCUUCCUAGUGUAGUUCCAAGCGAAACGAGAUCGAUAUCGCGACUCGAUGACGUCGGAUGGCCGUUCACUUAAAGCGAUCUGCGCCGGAGGAGACGUAAUAUUUAUUCGAUCGUCCAUACGUCGUAAUGUUUGUAAAUUUUGCUUUGUAAGACUGUGUACAUAUAUACAUUAUAUAAUUAUAUAUAUUAUAUAUAUAUAUAAGCGACCUAGCGCAUGUUAACGAUGGACUGUAACACUUUUAUGGCAGACCGUAGGAGCCGAACGGAAAGGCGAAUCUGGACCGCUAGCACAUUUCUACCUUGCAGCGUUACCCUAUAACUUUCUGAUCCUAUUCGAAGUCGUUUUAUACAGGGAUCUUGAAUCAUUCCAUGCAACUAACACGUUGACUGCAAUGGUAGAAAUAGAUGUUAUCUAAAAUGGCACACCGAUGGUGCGGAUUACCAGGGGUAUUAAUUUUUCAAGCUAAUGCAAUUUACUAGAGUACUUUAAAGUUUUCUAGCUUGGGUUUUUACACUAAAACGCCAGUUAUCGGUGACUGCUAUGGUAGUCGACGUGUUACACCGUCGUUGAAAACGACACAAGCGAGAAGAAAAGAUUGAAAGGAUAGCUUUAAGAGGAGAUUAUUGAAAGAUUCACGGGCGGCUAAUUGGGAAACGCUAAUCUCCUAGGAUGCUCGCGGCGGUCCUAUACGCUGCUCCGCUAUCGCUUUUGAUUACCAUUCAUUCCUCGAUUGGAUUCCGCAAUUAUUCGCGUACGCGUUCCCAAUCUUAGACGCGUUUUACGCGUCGCAAUCAUGCGACACGUGCUUUCUUCGCGUGAAUGUAAGCGCAAUCGCAUCUGUGCCAUCGUUAGUGUUACAUCGCAUAAACCACUGACUCAUCAGAGAAAACGAGUGAAUGCGUGCCAGUGUGAAAGGACGGAUGAAAGUAAGAAAAAUGCAAAAUACACGCACACCAUAUAGCCAGCGUUCUUCCGCACCAGAUUUCAUUUCCUGUUGCGAAUCCAAUCGUGAGUCUCGUUACCCUUUGCGUUAUCAACGCGUAAACGAUUAUCAAAACAAGAGAUUCGUCGUUUUAGCGGCACAGGUUUAACUCUGAUUCAAGGAAAUAUGGUAUUUUGUUUUUUUUAUAUUAUGUUAUACAUAUAGAAGACUGACGUGACAAGUUGUACUUUUCUUUAACACCUUCGAGUUAUUGAUGCUUUAUGCGACGGCACCCAAAAGUGGAAUUUUAUCUUUUAAUUCUUAUAGGUAGACUACUCUUCAGUUUUAUUCCUUAUACACUUUUCUAUAUUAUUUUACGAUAUUCUUGACUUGGAAUGUGUUAAAGAACUUUGUACAGCAUGCAUAGGUAUUUGAAUGUAACAAGUACAAAGGUGUCCUCAAAGGUGUCAUAUCUAUGUACAAUAAUGUUACUAAAGGAAUAAUUCGAGAUAAUUUUGUUCCUCCGUUUGUAACGACGAGUUACCUGUCCGCUGAAAAGAAAUCCGACAUAACCGAAGGACGUACUUCGAAGCGAUCAGUCGGCAGGUGUGCCAUGAUCUAUAUGAAAUCACAAAUCCCUGAACAGAUCACCCUAUCUUAUAUAGGCAUCUAAGGACUACGUGUCUAAGUAUGUACGUAUCUGUAAGUUGUGUGUUAGUACGUCCAAGCGUGGGAUAUAGUGAUAUAAUGUCGACGAACACGGAGAAAAAGAGAACGGACGUCCUGAUCAGCGUCCGGAGAGCGUCGAUGCGACCCAUGCACGUUAGCCCUUUGCAACUUUUCAUUCGUAAGUUAAAUACAAACACUUAGGCGACAUUUCGCGUCAUUUUAUUUUCGCCAAUUUCGUACGUUCCGUACAGACUUUGAAAUCGAUGUAAAGGGUUAAAAGGUGGUGGAGAGAACGCGAGAUACCCCGCCGAGAAUCUAGUCUUAUAGCUUAACUAACGCAUUAUUAUUAAAUACUAAUAAACCGCGAAGCGCGAUCUACGUUGCCUUUCGCCCGAUUAAAUGUAUGUAUCCUCGAAAACGAUCAAACGAAGAGGAAGUGCCGUCGUUUCGCGUCCUCUACCCGUCAGCUAUACUUUUCAUUUUCUCGUGGAUACAUCUUGCGAGCGAGACGACGGGACCGUGAACGAAUCAAUCAUAUCGAGUACAGUGAGUGAGACACGCGCUAAUUACUCCUAAUCUAAUCUUCGCGCCGAGGGUGCCCCUCGUCCCUCGACGAAUCCUCGGGACGAGGGGUACAGUGCAGAGCCGGACAAAAAUAGUAUUUACUAUUUAGAAAAUAGUGGAGAGAAAGAAAGAGAGAGCUUGCGUUGUAUGUUCGCUUGUUUGCAACUGAUGUUAGAAAGGAAAACCGCAUCGUAUCGAUUCGCCCCUGUUACACUAUCGACGUACAAAUCGAUCUUACAGUUACUAUUUUUUACUUAGAAUACUAUUUCCUCCAGCUCUGGUCGUCGGUCACAACUGUACAUACACACGCAUUUCCUUGUUUCUCGUUCGAAACUCGCGAUUCCGUAAAGAGGAAGCCGAACGGAAGCGGUGUGUUACUCUUCAGAAGGCGCUUAUGGUACUUGUAUCCGUUCGCUCGAUCGAUCAUUCCUCUCUGGCCACGAUGCUACUACAAUAUUAUUAAUUACUAGCGCUAUUUUAAAAAACUAUUAACUAGUUUUCCUGUUCACGUUCGAUCGGAAACGCUGCGGAUACGAUUCGAUCGAACGGAGGAACCAGUCCAGAGAGCACGAUGCAACUCACAACGCCGAAUUUUGUACACAAAGUUGAAGAGAGUUUUGUUUAAAUGCGAUAAGAUAUCCGCUCGUCCCUAUAGACGGAACCGUCUUCGAGACGAACCACAAGUCGAAACUGCCGGUCUCUCUUUUCCCCUUUUUUUAUUUUUGAUAAGUUCCCACCGAUCAGGGAGGAUUCUUAAAUAUACAUAUAUAAACGUAUAUUGUAAUAGAAUAUCGUCGCAAUGCUGAGACUCUGCAUUCACACACAUUCCUCAGACACGAUGUCGCUGUAUCUACGUUUAAGUGUGAUAAAUGCGGAUAAAACGAUCGACGGAAACGUCGAAAGUAAUAAUAAUCGUCGACGACGACGACGACGCCUGCGAAAAGAAAAGACGACGAGGACGGCGAUGACGACCGCGUCCACGACGACAAUGGCAAUAAUCAACGAUGCUUUUCUAGCAGAUUUAAUCUUUCUCUCGCUACCUAAUAUAGAUAGUAUUGUUCUCAUAGCUGGCAUAUAUUCAUAAUAACGACCAUCAUUUUCUGUAUUUAUCCUUUAUUAUUGAAUUACAAAUUAUAAUUAAUAUUCUUCUUCUAUCGAUCACAUAGUCAUCGUUGCUGUUGUUGUUAUUGUUAUUGAGAUUGUUGUUGUUGUUGUUGUUAUCGCUGUUUUCACUGUGCUUCACAUGUCGUUGGUGUUGUCGCCGUGGUGGACGUCGCCAUCGGCGUAACCGAUACGCUAAUUAAACAAUAAGAUACGACUAUCGCCUACUCAAUGUACAAUAUGUAGUAUUUACCUGUUGUUACCACCAAACCGUCAUCAAAGAUAUAUAAAAUAUUGUAAUUGUAACAUA